AGGGUGUUACUUCGUCCACAUUGAAUUUCCUUCCGUCAGCAAAUGGAUCACGACGACGACUUGGAGGCUUGUGCUGCUGAGCGCGAGGGUCUCCUGGCAAGUCAUAAGCAGCCUCCCACCGAUGUUCGGGCUACCACCGUGAAGAGCCCUCUUCCCGAGUCUCGGGGCCCGCGGUUUACCCUCACACAUCUCUUGUCCUCGUUUGCAGGCGGAGUCACGCUCUGUUUCGUUGCUCAGCUCCUGACGCAGCGGCUGAAGUGUCCAUCGGAACUUUACAGUGAUAUCGAGAAAGAAGGCCAGGCGAAUGUCCUUGCACCCCCUUUUGUCGGUUCAACUCAGGUUCACAACUUCCCUCUUUCUCCGACAAAUUAUUACCCAGACCUGUUCCCAACGGACGUCGGAUACCCAGGCAGCACCCCAACAGGUGCAGAGCCAGCUCUUAUACUAACAGCCCCCUCACAACCCAUCCAAACCGGUGCUGCUGAACUCGUCCUCCCUCCUUCACUGUAUGAAGACUUUCUGGAGCAUAAAGUUGAAAAUGCGACUGAGAACGCGAGGGAACGCGAGUUCAAUCUCUUCCGUUCUUGGGGGAACCUCUCUCCGUGGUACAGUGUUCCUAAAGGUGCUUUUGGAAUUGAUGAAGGACCGGAGCCCCCGCAAGGCUGCAAUAUUGCCGGCGUCCAUCUGCUGCAUAGGCAUGGUGCCAGGUAUCCAACUGGUCCUUCAUCGGGACCUGCCACCCUGUCCAGACAACUGCAUGAAAGUGCUGCAGAGUGGGAAGCAACUGGAUCGUUAGCCUUCUUGAAUGAUUGGACAUAUAAGCUUGGUGAGGAAGUUCUGACACCCUUUGGAAGGCAGCAGCUCUUCGACCUUGGUGUAUCAAUGCGGCUGAAAUACGGCUUUUUGCUCGAGAAUUUCACUGCUGCAAAUAGUAUCCCUGUUUUUCGAACGGAAUCUCAGGAUCGUAUGCAUGCCUCAGCGAUCAACUUCGCACUCGGGUUUUUCGGGUGGCCUCUUGACGGCAAAUAUGAGCAAGUACUCAUGAUCGAAGCCGAUGGGUUUAAUAACUCUCUGGCCCCUUAUGAUACCUGCCCCAACGCCGGUGCACAUGGGAAGGCCGACCGUGCAAGCCCGUACGUCAAAGAGUGGAUGAGUCUGUAUCUCAAGGACGCGAAGCCGCGACUGCAAGCUCAGUUCCGGCCCAGUGUCAAAGCGAAUGGGGAGAUGGGCAAUGGUUUCUUAUUGACCGAUCGGCAUGUGUACAAUAUGCAACAGAUGUGUGCAUACGAGACGGUUGCCCUGGGGUACUCCAAAUUCUGCGAACUUUUUACGGAAGAAGAGUGGGAAGGGUUCAAUUACUCCAUGGACCUCCUUUUCUGGUACGACUCCGCAUUCGGCUCUCCAGUCGCGCGCAUCCAGGGACUCGGCUACAUCCAGGAGCUUGUGUCUCGACUAACCCACAUGCCAAUUGAGGUUCACAAUUCCAGUACGAAUGCCACAUGGCACAGGGAGGAGACGUGGCCGCUCUAUGAUUCCCUAUAUGUUGACGCGACCCACGAAGUGGUUGUGCUGAAUGUCCUCACUGCGCUCAACCUGACGACACUCGCUGAGACUGGUCCUCUUCCCGCCGACCAUAUCCCUGCAAACCGAUCGUUCAGGGCAUCCGACCUUGCACCAUUCGCAACCAACGUACAGUUCCAACUGCUCAGCUGCCCUGCAGAGACGUCCAGCUCAGAUCCCAGUCACAUCCGGAUCGUGAUCAAUGAUGGGCCCGUGCCUCUGCACGGUGUCCAACCAUGCCCUGUCUCUCCACAUGGACUUUGUCCUCUCGAGGCAUUCUUAGAAGGACAAAGAAAGACCAUCAGGGACACGGAUUGGGCAUGGGGGUGUUUUGGGGACUGGACAAUACCACCAGGCCCAGAGUGGGAGACUGUGGGAGGAUGGUAUCCACCCGAACCGCGGAAGGGGGAUAGCAAGUUUAAAAGCAAUUAGAGGUUCUUUGGCACUUUCGCAAAUGACAUGGACAUUGAGACGUUACUUGUAAAGCUGCUAAGAACAUACUAAGGUCCUUAUACUUUUCGACACAUAAUUCUCGUUCUCGGAAAUAUAACGAAUAUGACAUUAUCGUAUGGAAGGUACGCUAUCGUCUUUGCAUGUAUUCAGAUGCAUGGGCAUGGGAUGAUGAAGCACCAUCCCCACUACGAGCAUAAAAUGUCAGCUCCAGCACCUGCAAUGCACUCGCGAAAUAAACGACUGAUACUACCGGACAGGGUAAACAUCCUCCACGUAGCCGCAAAGGCUCCCUAACCUCGCUCUGUUGUUCUGAUUGUGGAUUCGGAUGUUCUUCCUCCGACGCCGGGACUCGAGAAGCGGAAGUAGACAUGGAAGUGCGGGACGGCU